UUCUAAAAUGACGUAAUUAUAAAUAAAGGAAAAAUAAUCGUAUAUGAAAACAAAGUAUCAGUCAAAUAAAUUAGCUUUAAUUUUAUUCAGAAGUUUAAAAUCUGAUGAAAAAUGACUUAUUUUUGGCCACAGAACCGACCAUUAACUACAAAAAAACAUGCUAUAACACGAGAUUACGAUGUAUCUCAAAAAACUCUUGGUGUGGGAAUAAAUGGAAAAGUAUUAGAGUGUAAUCGGAAAUCAGAUAAUAAAAAAUGUGCUUUAAAGGUUUUAAAAGAUUCCACAAAAGCAAGACGUGAAUUAGAUCUUCAUUGGAAAGCAUGUGAGUGUCCUUACAUUGUAAAAGUCUGGGAUGUGUAUGAAAAUAAAUUUGGCAAAGAUGAUUGUUUGCUUAUUGUUAUGGAAUGUAUGGAAGGUGGUGAGCUGUUUGAGAGAAUUCAAUCAAGAGCUGAUCAUCCUUUUACAGAAAGAGAAGCUGCAGCUACUGUUCAUAUGAUUAGUUUAGCUGUUAUUCAUCUUCAUACUAUGAAUAUUGCUCACAGAGAUUUGAAGCCUGAGAAUUUGCUUUAUAUCAGCAAUGCACCUAAUGCCAUACUAAAAUUGACAGACUUUGGUUUUGCAAAAGAAACUGUCAGUGUUUCACUGCAAACACCAUGUUACACACCUUAUUAUGUUGCGCCUGAAGUUUUAGGACCUGAGAAGUAUGACAAAUCAUGUGACAUGUGGUCAUUAGGAGUUAUUACAUAUAUCUUAUUGUGUGGAUAUCCUCCAUUUUAUAGUAAUCAUGGAGCAGCAAUAUCACCUGGCAUGAAAAAAAGAAUAAGACAGGGUCAAUAUAGCUUUCCUGAUGCUGAAUGGAAAAAAGUUUCAAAUAAUGCAAAAGAUUUGAUAAAAAGUCUUCUUAAAACAGAACCUUCUCAACGUAUAACUAUACAAGAGGUUAUGAAUCAUCCUUGGGUAAAGAGUUACACUGAAGUUCCUCAAACACCAUUAUGCACAGCUUCAAUAAUGGCAGAAGAUGCUGAAAUGCUAACCGAAGCAAAAGAUGAAAUGACCCUAGCGCUUCAAGAAAUGAGGCUUCCACUUGAUGAACAGAUUAAAUUAAAAGAAGUACAAGUCUCCUCAAAUCCUUUGUUAAACAGAAGAAAGAAGAAAGUCAACAAUGUUUGAAGCAAGUUUCAGAAUUUAUUUCUGCACGUGAAAAG